UGUUGGACAUGUCAGAAGUGAGGUGGGACUUCUUUGUUGCUAACCUGAUGUCAUGCAGAGGUAUAAAGCAGCUGAUAAUGAUGCAGCUUCUCUGUAGUUACUGUAGCAGUUGCAACUGUCGGUGAAAAAUGUUGAGCUGUGUGUAAAGUGAAUGUUUCAAGUUUAAUACUGAUAUCUAUAAUUCACUGACUGUGGGGAGCAAAUUGUGAGUUUGUGCUUUUUGUAAUUGUUUUUGUUAUACUUGAUCAUGUUUAAAGGCCAGUGAAGCAGUGUUGUCGGUGUAAAGCUCAGCAGAUACGGAGACAGCGCCUGUGUUAUUCAGAGCAAUGCCUAUAAUUAAAAUAAAUAAUUCAUCUUGAUUUAAAAAGUCUACGAGCAAAACUCUUUACAAAUGUGCCUACUGUGUUGUUAUCGAAAACCAGAAUGAUAGUAAAUUCAACUUUAUCUUACUUCAUUCUCAGUGCAUACAUACAUGUAGGAACUGUGAGAUACUUAUAUUUUACAUUAACAGCUUUACUUUACAUUGUUAUUGUGUUUGUCAACCUUCUGCUCAUCGUGGUUAUCUGUAUGAACAGGAGCUUACAUGAACCUAUGUACAUGUUCCUGUGCAGUCUGUUUGUAAAUGAACUGUAUGGUAGUUCAGGGUUGUUUCCGUUCCUUCUGACUCAGAUUCUCUCUGACAUUCACACUGUUCCUGCUUCUCUUUGUUACCUGCAGGUUUUCUGUGUGUAUACAUAUGGUAAUGUAGAAUUUACAAAUUUAGCCGUCAUGUCUUACGACAGAUAUCUUGCUAUCUGUUGUCCUCUACAGUAUCACACACGUAUGACGUUGAACAAGGUGGUAAUAUUUAUUGCUUCAAUAUGGUUGUACUCUUUUGUGAAAUUCUUGAUUACUUUAUCCUUAAACAUCCGUUUACCUCUCUGUGGAAACAUUAUAAACAGUUUGUACUGUCACAACUAUCUUAUUGUAAAGUUGGCAUGUUCUGACAUCGAAGUCAAUAACAUUUAUGGAAUUUUUGGUGUUAUUCUCACCAUCUUAGUCCCUCUGCUUCCAAUUCUUUUUUCUUACAUGAAAAUUUUUCAUGUUUGCUUUUCUGGUUCCAAACAGACGAGACAAAAAGCUGUCAGUACCUGCACACCUCACCUCGCUUCCCUCUUAAACUUUUCUUUUGGUUGCUGCUUUGAAAUACUGCAGAGUAGAUUUGAUGCGAGUGCUGUUCCCAGUGAGCUGCGAAUCAUUCUGUCUCUGUACUUUCUCAUCAUACAGCCACUUUUGAAUCCUGUCAUGUAUGGAUUGCAAAUGUCAACAAUAAGGAAAGCAUGUAUCCAGCUGUUCUGUUCUAAAAUGGUGACUGACUGCAGAGAUAAUUUAUGAUUUUUGGUUUUAAAGUAUAAUAACAAAAGUGUCAUUCAAUAUUUAAUAGUAUCUUUUUUUAAAAUGUGAGCUUGAUAGCAAACCAAGUAUUGUAACAUAGUGGAGAGAAUUGCAAUAAUAAUAUUGUCACCGAUUACUGUUUGAUGUGAUGAACUAAACGCCGGACACAUAUCUGGUAGAAUCUGUGGGCUAUUUUCUCCUGUAUAAACCCAGUAAUGUGCCAGGGUCAAAUCCCAACUCAGAGGAUGAGGCUGAGUCUGAAGACACGGGUGUGGUGGAAAAGAGCAGAAAAUACUUUGUGAAGAAUGAGUUUAUUCAUUGUUUCUGGUUGUUUUGUUUAUUUAUUUUGGAUAUUUAAAAUGUCUCCUUCACAUUCCAAUUCCA